AUGGAGCAGCACGACCAAGACACUCAGAUGCCUGACGUUGACCACCCGGACGAUGAGCAGGAGCUGGAUGAGAAAUAUCCCAACCGGCCUCGCAAUCAUGGCCGCACUCUACCAUUCCACGAUCUUUUCAUUGAGCUCUUCACCCCACUAACCGACAACAAGAAAAAGCCUGCGGUUGCUACAGCCUCGCGUCGAAAAGUCGGGCCUCAUGGCUCAACCGGCGGUCUUAAUGCCCAGGACCGUCGACGCGAUAUCAUCCAGCGCUUCAUCUCGCGCUGGCGCAAGGAAGUUGGCGAUGAUAUCUACCCGGCUUUUCGCCUGAUUGUGCCCGACAAAGAUCGGGAUCGGGCAAUGUAUGGAUUGAAAGAAAAAGUCAUUGGCAAAUUACUCGUCCGCAUUAUGAAAAUCGACAAAAACUCUGAGGAUGGGCUCAACCUGUUGAACUGGAAGUUGCCGGGUCAGAGUGCCGCUAGCCGCAUGGCAGGUGACUUUGCAGGACGAUGCUAUGAAGUGCUGUCGAAGAGACCCAUGAGGACCGAGGUUGGCGAUAUGCUUAUUGAAGAGGUCAAUGAGCGUCUAGACCAGCUCUCAGUCGCAUCGAAAGAGGACCAGCAGCUCCCUAUAUUAGCCGAGUUCUACAGGCGGAUGAACCCAGAGGAGUUGAUGUGGCUUAUACGGAUCAUUCUCAGGCAAAUGAAAGUAGGGGCUACAGAGCGAACAUUCUUCGAUGUAUGGCAUACCGAUGCAGAAAGACUAUUCAGUAUAUCUAGUAGUCUGCGCCGUGUCUGUUGGGAACUGCAUGACCCAAAUAUCAGGCUAGAAGGCGAUGAUAGAGGAGUCUCACUCAUGCAAUGUUUUCAACCCCAGCUCGCCCAGUUUCAAAUGCAUUCCUUUGAGAAAAUGGUGCAGCGCAUGCGUCCUACAGAGGAGGAUCCUACUUUCUGGAUCGAGGAGAAACUAGAUGGCGAGAGACUGCAACUACACAUGGCAUCUGAUGAUUCUGUCGAGGGAGGCAAGCGGUUUUGUUUCUGGUCUCGCAAAGCCAAGGAUUACACAUAUCUCUAUGGCAAUGGGUUUUAUGAUCCCAGUGGCUCUCUGACACGCCAUUUGAAAGACGCUUUUGUCGAUGGUGUGGAUAACAUCAUACUGGAUGGUGAAAUGGUGACAUGGGAUCCAGAGCAAGAUGCACCAGUCCCAUUCGGUACAUUAAAGACCGCAGCCCUGGCCGAACAGCGAGAUCCCAAUUCAAAUGGACCUCGUCCAUUAUUUCGAGUCUUUGAUAUAUUAUUUCUCAAUGACCGAGAUCUGACAUGCUAUACGUUACGCGACCGCCGUAAAGCACUUGAAAAGGUCAUAGAACCUGUGCACCGAAGGUUUGAGAUCCAUACCUAUCAAGAAGCCGCCAAGGCGUCUGAUAUAGAACCCAUCCUACGAAAAGUUGUUGAAGAAGCAUCCGAAGGACUAGUACUGAAAAAUCCAAGAUCUCCUUACAGACUUAACGAGCGUCAUGAUGACUGGAUGAAAGUGAAGCCAGAAUACAUGACCGAGUUUGGAGAAUCACUGGACCUCGUUGUCAUCGGAGGCUAUUAUGGCUCUGGACGAAGGGGCGGCGCCAUUUCCAGUUAUCUUUGCGGUUUGCGUGUUGACGACUCCAGCUUACCAAAGGGGACUAUGCCGAUGAAAUGCUACUCGUUUUGUAAAGUAGGUGGUGGAUUGACUGCUGCGGAUUACGCGAAUAUUCGCCAUCACACGGAUGGAAAAUGGAAACCUUGGAAUCCUAAAAAGCCCCCAUCUGAGUUUAUCGAGCUAGCAGGUGGGGAGACUGUUCAAAAAGAACGACCCGAUGAGUGGAUAAGACCGGAUGAGUCGGUGGUUAUUUGUGUGAAGGCUGCAUCUGUAUCAGUCAGUGAGGAAUUCCGGAUUGGACUAACUCUUCGAUUUCCCCGGUUCAAGAGACUGCGCAUGGACAAGGACUGGAAAACGGCAUUAUCGGUGCAAGAAUUCCUGGAUCUCAAGUCGAAUGUCGAGCGAGAACAAAGGGAGAAACAGUUCACUGUCGAGAACUUCCGCAAAAAACGUAUCAAAACAACUACGAAGAAGCCAUUGACUGUUACGGGAUAUGAUGAGGAUGCAACUGUAGAAUACGCUGGUCCAGUUGGGAAUGUAUUCGAUGGAUUGAACUUUUUCAUCAUGACAGAUACCCAAACCCCCAAAAAGAAAACAAAAGUCGAACUUGAACAGCUAGUCAAGUCGAAUGGCGGCCAGAUAUACCAGACACAUACAGCAGCUCCAAAUAUGGUCUGUAUAGGUGAAAGAAGGACCGUCAAGGUUGCUUCCUUACAAAAAAGUGGAAAGGAAAACAUUAUACGGCCCCUUUGGUUAUUCGACUGUAUUCAGCAAAAUGAAGCCGACAAAAACCUUCCCACGCUUAUUCUCCCGCUAGAACCUAAACACAUGUUUUUCACCAAAGAGGAUCAACAGGAUAAUAUCGCCGGUAACGUUGACGAAUACAACGACAGCUAUACACGAAACACCACCAUUGACGAACUCAGAUCCGUUCUCGAGGAGAUGAAGCUGGACAAGAUGAUUAACGAUGCAGAUAAUUCCAUCCUCUCUGAACGUCUUUUUGCACGAUUUCAAGAACUUCGCUCUUUCACUGAAGGCGCUUUACCCGGCUGGCUGUUCAAGGGACUGACCAUAUACUUCCACCCCUCCACAAUAUCACCAUCUUCCCCAGAAACCGAACCUGAAUCAUCCCAGAGGCUCUGGCUCGCCCGCAGUCUCGCGGAAUUCGGCGGCGCAAACAUUUCCACACAUCUGGAAAUAGGCGAUAAUAACGACUCUAGCAUUAAAAGUAGCAGUUCCAACCGCGAAAAGACUACGAAAGCAGGAAAUAAUAUAAACACCGUCACACAUGUUGUUGUGCCUAUAUCACCCUCAUCUAAACAAGAUGUCACGUCGCUGCGGAAACAGCUUUCGAAGCGGGUGGGGGAGAGAAUACCACAUAUCGUGAGUGUCGAAUGGGUGGAGGAGAGUUGGAGGGAGAAGACAUUGGUAGAUGAAGAGAGGUUUGCACCAUCGCGAUGA